CUCGCGAGCUCUUAAGUAUAUAUAAUACUGUCACUCACCUCAACUGCGGAGUCAGCACUUGUCGUGUGUUCAGCUUAAACUCUACUCCAUCUCCCUAUCCUCACAACCUCUUUCUCUACGAAGUUGCUGCAAAGCUUUUCCCAGGAAUACACUUGCGCGUUCCUCCAACCAUCGCGACUACCUCGCGUCUACAUUCCAGCAGCAGCCAUGAGCGACUCCGGAGAUAACCAUGAUCUAGCUCAGUCAGUUGAGGCUGGAAACAAUAUUGAAGACGGCAAUGUUCAGCAGUCUCACGGGGCUGAAGAUGGUACCGCACUGGACAACAGCGAAGACGACAUAGGCAACGACGAGGAUCUGUUCGGCGAUGAUGAUGAUGGGAACGACGAAAUCGCAGCUUCUUCCAAUAACAUAGUCGAGACUCAGGACGUUGAUUCUCCAGACGACGACCUGCACAAAUACGCUCGCGGCGGAAGUGAGGAGAGCCCGCAGGAUGAAAACGAGGAGAUCCAACAAGCAGUCAUCGAAUUGCAACUACCACGCCACAAGAUACCAGAGGGCCAUGAUCAAGAGCUCUACCUCUUGAAAGUUGCCCGCUUCCUUGCAAUGCAACAUGCUGCUUGGGAUCAUCUGCGCUUCCAGCCUCCGACGACAGAUCACCAUUCGGCCGGUCCGCCUUCGGAUACCUUCUCCGCCUACAACACCGCCAUGACAACUAUACGAUGGCGUGUCUCACCUUCGGACAGGAAAGAGCUACAGUCCAACGCACGUCUUUUGCGGUGGUCGGAUGGGUCGUUGACUCUUCAGCUAGCUUCCGAUCCGCUGAAUCAAUACGAGAUCGAAGGCAACGCUCUAGCACCUCCACAGCGCAAUCCUCCCAAGCCGACACCUACUAGCCUGAAGGGCAUUAAGGGCAAGACAGCAGCAACUGGUUACAACGUCAAUCAGGACUCAUUUACUUACCUGGUUUCUCCUUACUUGUCUCAGGGAGUCAUGCGCACGACCAACAAAAUCACUGCGGGCCUUACCAUCCAACCGACGGCAAACACUGUAGACGAAGCUCGCGAGAAGUUAGAGAAGAACAUCGCAAUGCACGGCAAGGGAGAGUUUGGACUUGGUGCCAGCAUGAAGGUUGAGAAUAUCGGAGAAGAUCCAGAGAUGGAGAAGCGCAGGGCCGAAGCUGCGGAGAGAGAGAAGACCAAGAUGGCGAGGUCUAGAGAGAAGCAGGUCAUACGGGAGCAAGAACGCUCAAACCGCCGAUUUCAACAGUCUGGUAUUGGUCGGUCGAAUUUGGGCCUGUCGGUUGGUGGACUGGAGGGUGAAGGUCGUUCGAGUGGCAAGGGCGCAAGCCGAGCCAAGCCCAGAAGGAGACGCGACGACUACAGCGACGAUGAGGAAUAUGGCGGUCGACGAUACACCAAGGAGGACGACUAUGACGAGGAAGAUGACUUUAUCGCAGGCAGUGAUGAAGAGGAAGAGGUCGCCGAUGACGAUGAUCCAGACGAUGGUAUCAUGGAUCGAGCCUCGCCGAAAAGGUCGCGUGCCGGCAAGGACCAAGCCGACGAUGAAGAUGAUGACGAAGUCACCACAACUUCGAGGCACAAGAGACGGCGCGUAGUGGAUGAGGAUGAUGAUGAUGAUGAGUAGGAAUUGGCAGACGUAUUGUAGACCAGGCCAAGGAUCAAAUGGGCUUCAGUUGCUCUGAAUAUUAUAGCAUAGUACGUAUGGCGUUUCGAAAUCAGAGUGGGUUGAUAUUGCCAAGAUACCUCGACUAUCCUGCCACAAGUUUGAGUAGGCAUCCCGACAGACACGGACAUAUCUGCUCUUAAGAAGCGGAAGAUGCACACUGUACAUAACAUAUCGCGAGAUGCAAAACAUAAUGUAAAACAUCUGCUGUCGAUAUUGGGAGCGUCUCCCGCGUGGCGCACAUACCUUUGUGCAUGUCUUGCCCUGCCCAGCUCUACUAUGACGUACGAAGCGAUGUGUAAGUAGGCAUUGAAUGUAACACACUGUACCACUGGACGACAGUAUAUGUGAGUAGCAUGGAGAAAUCCUAGACUGUAGACUACUAAAAGCCUGAGGUAGGUGGCAUUGGGUUGAUAUUACGAC